CAAUAAAAGAUUGAUUGAUUGAUAGUUAUUCCUCCAUCCAGACUCCAUCCAUUCUUAUGAUACUGUCCUGUACUAGCUCCGCGGACUCGCCUCUGAUGUCUUGUUUACAAAUCUAUCCGAAGUAAAUUUCCGUUCCUUGAUCCCAUUGAACAUGGAGUCGCGCCCAGCAUCAGUGUUGGCGCUUUGGCCUGAAAUCUUGUGUUAUUUAUUCUUGGAGCUUGUAUUUCCCCGGGCAUUUGCUUGAUUGGAUCUGUGAAUGGUCUCUUCUGUUAUAUUGCCUUGGACAGGGGCUUUUCGCUGUGUGCUUGUUUGAUUCAGCGAUGACGCUGUCUGUGUAGCACUCGGGGUAGUUUUCACUGUCGAACUCGGGGGAUAACCUUCUGUCAAUCUGUACGUUUAAUUUAUUUCUGGUCCAGUUACUCUCUCUAGAACGAGAAAUGAUCCGACGUGGAGAUGCUGUAAGACUUUCGGGAAUCGUCGUUUUUGUGUUCGGUUGUCUAUAGCUCCCUUUUAGCUAUCUCUGAACGUGAUUCCGCAUCUGCUUGUUUCUGCAAUAUUCUUGUUUGACAGAUUUUAAAGGUCUUGGUAAAGGUAAAUGUUAACACCACUGUUUGUUUUGUGGUUUUGCAAAACCUGUAUUAAGUUUAAAAACUUAAAUUUGCAAAAAAAUUUUUCCAGAAAUAGCAUUCUAAGACGGCUAAAAUGGGCCUUUGCUGUUCCCCGUGACCUGUUCACCGUGAAUUCACGCAAAAAAGGGCAAUGAGCGAAAAUAUUUGCGCGCGAAAAUUAUUAUACUUGCGCCAGACAAGCGAAUUCGCACCAGUACCUGACGCUCAGUCGCACCACAGGUAACACAUCCGAGAUUAUGUCACUAGAGAAUGGCAAACAUGGCGGACGCUUCUAAAUUCCGUUUCGUGUUCCGCAAUGCUUUCUGUAUGAUCAACAUCACCUGCUUUCUGUACCAUACUUUAAAAAUGGACCUGAAAUCCUACCAAAUCUUCGGCGGGCGUUUCAAGUUCUUAACCUUCAUCAAUAUGAUUUUACAGGGAACCUAUUUCAUUUGGGUCGCAGCCUUAGAGAUACAAGCGAUGAUCGACGGAAAAAGAAGAAACACGAAGUCUUCCCAUUCAUGUGAGUUCCUCUUCGCCAGUCUAGCGUUUCCUAUUGGACUCACCGUAUCCGUGCUUUUCUGGGGACUAUAUCUGAUUGAUCCCUUAUCUUGUCAAAGUCCGGAGGCCUCUGGUCUGAUACCGAAAUGGUUGAAUCAUUAUAUGCAUACACUUCCGGCACUGGAGGUUUUCGCUGAAGUGAUCUUAUUCAAGCAUAUUUACCCGCGAAAGAUAAUAGGAAUGGUAACAAUACUAGGAUUUGGAACGGCUUACAUGGCCUGGGUUUUUUACAUUGCUUACUUCCACCAUUUUUGGGUUUAUCCGUUCUUGGAGAGAAUGGAUAUUAUGACGAUUGGAGUUUUCUUCGCCGCUUCCGGUGCUCUGCUGGUGGUUAAUUAUGUUAUCGGAGAGAUUAUGGCAAAUAAUUGUUACUUCAUGGAAAGAAAAGAAUUACCAGAGUCAAAGACAAAAUAAACGCGUAAACGGCGAGAAAAUAGAGGUGGUUGUUAGAAAGCAUAUUUGCAAAAUAUUGGAAUUUCUACUUAGAACUGCAUCUAUAAAGUCCCUUAGUGAUUACUCGACACUGUUUAAUUAUUUAUCCGAAAACGUUAGUUUACUGGUGUGUUGUUGAACAUUCAUGUACUUUCCAAUUUGCCAUGGUUAUUUUUGUAACAAUUUGCUGUACUUAUAAAUAUGCGAGAAUUUUUGGGCUAGGGGGUCUUUAAUAAUUUAUUCGCUGUUAUUUGUUUGGGUCACUAAAUAAUAAAAUAAAAUAAGGGUUGCGGGUAUUUAAAAGUAAGGGAGGAUCGAAUUACUUAUAGAAAAUAAAAUUUCGUAAAAUACUUCAA